CAGCUUUUGAUGUCAAAAAAUAGCUUAAACAAUAAAUUUAGUUACUCCCCUUUUUAAAAAAUGCCUAAAAAUCCCCAUCAAAGUCGAGAAGAACAGAAAAAGCACGCGGUGGCAAUGGCGUCUUCUUCUUCUUCCUCCUCAUUAUCCGUCAUCACUUUCCUCCUCUUGGCGCCUCUCUGCCUUUCACGUGAGUCACCUUUGCAAAUCCCAAACGGAACCCUAAAUCUCUCUUUAUUAUGGUACGGCCAAUUCACCCCCAUUCAGAAGGAGAGGGUUCACGAUUUCAUAGAAUCGCUUAACUUUGACGCCAAGGAAGGUCUUGACCCGAAGGUGUCAUCAUGGUGGAAAGUGGUGGAGAGUUACCAAGAGAGGUUUGAGGUGAAGGAGAUUUACCGACAGAAGAAAAAUAACAAAACCGUAACUCCAAGGAUUAAGGUGAAGAUUGUCCGGACUUAUGUGGAUGAGAAGAUGAAAUAUGGAAAGGAAUUGACAAUCGGUAACGGUGAGAAACUUGUCGAGACGGCCACUGGAAAUAUGUCCAAAGUAAUGCCCGUGGUAUUACUUUCCGCACAAGUUAGGGCUCAUGGCUUAGGGCUUUGUAACGGAACUUGCCAAAAUACUGCCCUUGCCAAAAUUAAAGGUAAAAAAGAACCACAACCGUACAUAAUGGUAAGCAACCCGGAGGAGGAGUGUCCGGGACAGUGUGCUUGGCCUUUCCACACGGCUGACAAGGGUCCACGUGGCAUGAUCUAUCAACCUCCAAGUGGCGAAGUCGGAGCCGACGCACUAGUUAUUCAGCUAGCCACAGGUUUAGCCGAUUUCGUGACCAAUCCAGCUCUGACCAAGUCCCUGUUCAAAUCUGAGACUACACCGUUCAUCGAUGCCGGAAAGAGAAACCAUGGCUCUUCCAUGUAUAUCGCGGACCCUGCAACCAAGUGCACUCGAGUUUUCGGAUCCGGAGCUUUUCCGGGUUUUACCGGUAGAAUCCGGGUUGACCCGGUUACUGGUGGAGCCUUUAAUUCACAUGGAAUCAACCACUUGAAAUUCUUGAUUCCUUCUGUUUGGGACCCUAAGACCAAAUCUUGCUGGACUCCUAUGUAACCCUUGUUGUUAUUUCAUAUGUUACGCAGUUUUUACCCUUUAUGACAACAUUGAACUUUUAAAGCUUGAUUUUAUGAAGGAUAUAUAUCUAUUGUUGGUAAAAUUUUCGAUAGCAAACUAAAGUUGGACCUA